AUGAAGACUAUUGUCAUCCUCGGUACUGGCCUCGCCGCCGCCGCCGUCAUCCGGCAGACUAUGAAGUCGACCGUGCUCACGCGCUCCGACACGCGCAUGAUCGUCGUCGGCCCCAGCACGCACUUUGUCUGGCCCAUCGCCAUGCCGCGCGCCAUCGUCCCCGGGCAGCUCGCCGAGGAGCGGUUCCUGUUCCCGCUAGGCCCGACCUUUGCCGAGUACCCCGCCGACCGAUUCGAGUUCGUCCUGGGCACGGCCAGCGCCCUCGACCCGGACGCGCGGACCGUCCAGGUGGCGCUAAACGACGGCCACGUCACAAGACACAUCGCGUACGACGUUCUGGUGAUUGCCACCGGCGCGGCGUCGCGCGACGACAUACCGUGGAAGGCGCUGGCGACGACCGAGGACACGCUCGCCGAGCUUCGCGGGCUCCAGCGGCGCAUCGAGGGGGCCAAGACGGUGGUGGUCGCGGGGGGCGGGAUGACGGGCGUGGAGGCGGUCGCGGAGCUGGGGUACGAGUACGCACGCAGCGGCCGCAAGCAGGUCUACCUCGUGCACGACGAGGACCUGCCGCUCUCGUCGGCGGCGCUGCCGUCGGUGCGGAAGCAGGUGCGCGCCGAGCUCGCGAAGCUCGGCGUCAAGGUCAUCCCCAACACCAAGGUCACCCGCGCCACCACCACCGCUGACGGGGAGACGACGACGCUGGAGCUGACGGCGGCGGACGGCGGCACGAGGAGCCUGGCGACGCAGGCGUACGUGCCCGCGCGGGGUGUCGUGCCCAACACGGCGUUUGCGCCGGCGCGAAUGCUGGAUGACCGCGGCUACGUGCGGCAGACGGCGACGCUGCAGGCGGGGGGCCGCUACGACGACGUGUUCGUCAUCGGUGAUGCGGGCAGCCUCGAAGCCAACAAGGCGGCGGCGGCGGACGCGCAGGCAAGGCACCUGAUCGCGGCACUGCCGCUGUACCUGGAGGGCAAGACGCUGCCGGAGUACAAGCCGGAGACCAAGGACAUAUUUGCGGUCACGCUGGGACGGAGUCGAGGGACAGGCCAGAUGGGAAGUUGGAAGCUCUGGAGUGUGCUGGUUUGGUAUCUGAAAGGGCGGUUCCUUGGGACGGACUAUGCGGAUCGUGUGGCUGCGGGGAAGAGGACGUUGACGACCAAGUUUGAGUAG